AUGGUGGACACUUUGGUUAAUGUUGCUGCAGAAGGUGUACAUAAAAAGGUGGGGUAUGUAGCUGCCAACGAACUCGCCCUUGCUUGGGGUUUCAAGAAGAAGUUAGACACUCUUGAACAAACAUUGAAAAUUAUUUGUGCCAAGCUACGUGAUAUUGAGAAUGAAAAAGGUGAAAACCAUGGUGUGAUAGUAUGGUCGACACUCCUAAAACAUUUGGUUGGUGAAGCUGAUGAUAUGUUGGAUGAUCUUCAUUAUGAAAUACUGAGGCACGAGGUGAUGACACGGGACCAAACUAGAAUGAUAGCCUUUAAAUCUCUCCCAAGCUUGAAAACGUUUUCAACUCGUAGAGAAAUUGGACACAGGAUUGAAAACAUUACCAACAAAUUUUGUGAGAUGAUUGAACAAGGUAACAAAUUAGGACUACAAAAUAGACACCCUCGCCUUGUUCUAGAUGGUGUCCACCAGGAGACUUAUUUGUAUCUAGACAAAUUGAAAAUUGUUGGGAGGCAGAAUGAUGAACUACAUAUCAUACAACUUUUAACCCAAGCAAGAAAAGAGGAAAAAAUUACGAUUGUUCCCAUUGUGGGAAUGGAUGGGAUUGGGAAGACAACACUGGCUAAGAUGGUCUACCAUAAUCCAAAAAUUUGGAGACAUUUUGAUGUUAGAGUUUGGUUGUGUGUAUCAGUUAAGGUUGAUGUCAACACCCUUCUCGCAAAAAUUUGUGAAUCUCUUCCCGGAGAUAAAUGUAAAUCAUUAACAAGGGUGAACUUAAUCACAAAUCUUCGAAAGAAGAUGGGAUCAAAUAGGUAUUUGGUAGUCUUGGAUGACGUUCACGAUGAAGAUAGGGCACACUGGGAUGAUUUUAGGACAUGUAUGCUAGAUGUAAACUCACUGAAUGGAAGUUGCUUUCUUGUCACUACACAGAAUCUUGAAAUCGGAACUAAGGUUUUUAGUGAGGAUUUCCAUGCUUUGCAAGGUCUUUCUGAUGAUGAUUGUUGGUCUAUCUUUAAAGAAAGGGUGUUUAUAGCAGAGCAAUCAUUGUUGCCAGAAUUGGAGGAGAUAGGGCAUGAUAUUGUGAAUAAGUGUCGUGGUUUGCCCCUAUUAGUAAACAUAAUAGGUGGCAUGUUGCGAAAUUUUAAUGACAAAGAGAAGUGGUUGACACUCAAAGAUAACAAGGCUUGGGAUCUAGAAGAAGAAGGACAUAUAGUUCAAAACAUCUUGAAAAUGAGCUUUGAUGAUCUGCCAAAUUGUGUUGUAAAACAAUGCUUUACAUAUUGUUCAGUUCUUGAGAAGGAUAGGGUCGCGAACAAGAACGAACUUAUCCAUCUUUGGAUGGCUUUAGGGUUGGUUCGAGCAAAUGAGAAUGAAAAAAAGGAGGCCGAGGAUGUUGGAAAUGAUAUUUUCCAUGUUUUGGUUAGCAGAUCAUUGUUCCAAGAUGUUACAGAUCAGUAUAGUUACUUCACUUAUCGUAUCCACGAACUCACUUAUUUCCGUAUGCAUGAUCUGGUGCAUGAUCUUUCAGUAUCACUUUUGAAACAUGAAAGUGCAUGUUUGAUGCAUUCGACAAGGGAUGAUAUUGUAUAUAUUCCCCAGGUGAAGUAUCUAGCAGUGUAUAAUGAACUGAAGAAGCAACGUGAAUUCACCAACAAGGUCUCCAUGGUGUUAAAAGAUUAUAUGGCCACUAGAACUUUGCAUGCAUUGUUCUUUGAGGGUGAAGUUGAGAAGAGCAUUUCAUUUCACCGUUUCAAGUCCCUUCGAAUUUUAAAAUUUUCUGGAUGUAAACUAGAGAAGCUAGACGAUUCAAUUGGAGAAUUGGUGUAUCUUAGGUAUCUUGAUUUAUCAAAUACCGAAAUCAAAGCUCUUCCAGAAUCUAUUGGUAAACUUUAUCAUUUGCAAACUCUAAAGUUGUUUGGCUGCUAUCUCCUACAUUUGCCGGUGGAAAUGGAAAAUCUGAUAAGCCUAAGAGUCUUUGAGUUUCAGAAACUUCUUCACAUCCACAAGCUGGGACAAUUUACUUCUCUUAGAACAUUACCUUUCUUUCGUGUGUAUAAACAGAAGGGGUAUCAAAUUGAAGAGCUAGGUCAUCUGAAACACCUUCGAGGAGAGAUCCAACUUUUAAAUCUAGAAGAAAUUAACAGCAAAGAAGAUGCUCUUAAGGCAAAUUUAUCCGAAAAGAAAAAUUUAUACAAGAUUGAAUUCGUUUGGAGUUUGGAUCGAGGUGUCAACCACAACAACCAUGAUGUAUUGGAAGGCUUGCAACCCCAUGGAAAUGUGAAAAGCUUAACAAUUACAAACUUUUCCGGUGAUAAUUUUCCACCAUGGGUAAUGAAGAUGGCAAUAAAUAUUGAAGGGAAAUGGGCACCGCUUAAAAAUCUCGUGGAGAUUAUGUUAUACGGAUGUAGAAGCUGUGUAUAUCUUCCGAUCCUUGAAUACUUACCACUUCUUCAGGAUCUCGUGUUACAGAGCAUGGACAACUUGACAUGCUUAAGAAGUCGUUCAGAUGGGGGCGAUAAUGUUACCAGAUUAAUGAAUCCUUUGUCUCCAUCAUUGAGAUCACUUAAAGUAGGUUGGAUGAAAAUGUUAGAAAAGUGGAUAGAUGGAACACCGAAUAGCUCAACAAUGAUAUCGCCUGUUCUUGAGAAGUUGCAAAUUCUAAAUUGCCCAAGGAUUAUGCUUCUAGAUGAAUGUCAUCCCCAUCCUCUUCUUUCCUUAGAGAUACACAACUGUGAUAACCUUGUGUCCAUUAAUAGUAUACAAGGCCUCAAAUCUCUGGAAUCUUUAGAAAUCAACAAUUGUCGUAGUCUUUCAGGACUACCCCAUCUACCCAAUGAGGGAAAUUCUUUGAAGAUUUUGAGAAUCAUCGGUUGCCAUAAAUUGACUUACUUACCUCAUGAAACAUUUUACUGUUUUUCCUUUUUAAGCAAGUUGUCACUUGGUCCCUUCUCGAAUGACCUCCUAUCUUUCCCAAAUCUGCAAGGCAUUGAGAAGUUGAGCAACCACCUUCAGUCAUUGGAAUUGUUUGGUUGGAAUCAUUGGGCUUCAAUACCAAAAGAAAUAAAACACCUCACUUCACUCUCUCGGUUUUUCAUAUUUAAUUUUGGAAUUCGAGAAUUGCCUACUUGGUUAACCAAUAUGUCAUCUAUCCGAAAUAUGAGAUUCUAUGAUUGCCCCCAGUUGGAUAAAGCAGCAGUUAAACUGGGAGCGCCAUGGGAAGCAGAUCAUGUCUUGGUAGAUGGAAACAGAGUGUAA